GCCAGCUUAGUAGGCACUAUGGCACAAGCCGAGGACGUUCCGAGUAUCUUGGAGGCGAUUCGAGAGAAAGUGCGCGACGUCCUUAGUUGUGAACGUGCUGUCUGUUUCCUCGUCGACGAGGAUCAAAAACAGAUCUGGUCUCCUGCAAGUCACGAUUGCCCUAAAGGUCUCUUGGUCUCGGCUGAGCGUGGCAUUGUCGGGAUUGUGGCGAAGCUAUGGCUAUUGACUCUUCAAAUUCUAGGCUUAGCCAGUCGACGUAAGUCUAGAAGUAUCCUUGCAACUUAGAGCCAUUACACACCUCUUCCACGAAAUCUCCUUCAUAGACAACCGGCGAAGCGUACGUUGCAAACCACGUCAGACGAGAUCCCAAUUGGUUCGGCGACAUCGAUGAAAACUUUCGAACCUACAACCUGCUCACUGUACCAGUGAAGACGCAGACCAAGGUUCGAUUCCAGGUUACUGCCGUUGUACAAGCAGCUAACAAACGCGGUGACUUCGACCGCUAUGACGUCGAGAUCAUGUCGAUUUUGGCAACCGAGAUUGCGAAUCACUUCGACCGAUUAGCAUUCACGAUUUUGCAUGAGCGAGCGAAACUGCAGAAACCGAAUCAGUACGAGAUGACAACAGCUUUGCUGAAUUCGUUUUACAAGGGCGUGGGGCGCGGCGAUGAGGAAAAGGGGAAUGGUGGUGGGGAAGGAGGAUUAUGUGAAGGCUUUCGAACGGUAUUGUGUUACUGAUGAGUGCACGUGAUGGUGAUCUUUAACUUUAAUGACUCAAUAAUUUGUAUUUGUGAAGACUUGCGAUCCUUCGCGUAGUUCAUCAACAUGGCGCCUACUUACUCUAAUCACCGCCGGCGCAGCGAGUCAAAACACCGCCACAGGAGGCGGCACCGCUUUCGGUGCCACUUCGAGCUUGGUACCACGAGGAUCGACGCUUGGUGUUGAUAUGGCACGACGUCCAGAGCGUUCGUUCGCACUCGGUGCCAGUGCAUCGUUCAAGGAAACGAAUCGGCUUCUCGCAGCUUCCAGGUACGACCCUCGCGUGGACUGGGUCGUUCCUUAUCACAGCAUGAAAACCGAAGAGUCUUUGGGAUUUCUGCUAAGUGGAUUCGAAUUCGCGCUGGACGAAAUCAUCCCUGCGAAAACGCUGACUGCAGUGCUGCAGGAUUUGAAAGACUCGUAUCUGGAAGAACCUCGCUUCCACAACUGGGGACAUGCGCUGCAAGUUUUUCACACUUCUUGUCUUAUGGAUGCGCACAUCCCGUUUCUGAACCAGAGAUUGGACAGCAUCCAUCUGCUAGCCCUCUUUCUCGCGUCGGUGGCCCACGACGUGGCUCACCGCGGCAAGAAUAACGCCUUUGAGAUUGCGACGUCGAGUGAGCUGGCUUUGUUGUACAACGAUUUGAGCGUCCUGGAGAAUCACCAUGCGAGUUUGACCGGGAGCAUUCUGCAGAAGAGGAAGUUUCUAGAACAACUGGUGCCCCUUCCGUCACCAGAUGGCAGCGAUGGCGAGGAGGAAACAAAACAGAGACAGGCAUCGUUGCAGAGACAGUUCCGGAAGUUGGUGGUGUCAGCGAUUCUAGGUAAUGAUACACAGGUUGAGCUCUUGAGUGAUUGCUUACUUUUUUCCUCGGAUGAGUUUCCAUCCCGAACCACAACACCAGAAUACACCAGGAACCGACAUGUCGAAGCAUGGUGAACUCGUGAAGCGCUUGCAGAGUGUGGAGCCCUUGGACAAUCCCGAGACCGUCAUCACUUGCUGUGUCCAUUGUGCAGACCUAGGAGCUCAGGCGCUUCCUAUUGAUACUGCUUGGGAUUUUUAUAUCCGUUGUACAGACGAGUUCGCGGAACAGGCCAAAAAAGAGUCCGAACUAGGCAUCCCAGUCACACCCUUCAUGACUGGUUUAGACGACCCUAAAGUGCGAGCAUUUGGCCAAGUGCAGUUUAUCGAGUUCGUUGUUUUACCUCUGUGGAAGAGCUGUUCAACGGCAAUGUCAAUUCCAGCUUUCUACACCUACAAUAGUGCUGGCACCCCAGGAGCGGCACCUGCUGCGCCUCCAGGUGGUAUCAACAUCAUCCCAUCGAACAGCUCGUCUGACGUGGACAGUGCAGUUACUUCCCCGAGUCCUAGCAAGACCAGAGCAACGGUUCCUCGUGGAAGUACGGUAGUCGGAAAUACUGCGACAUCUUCGGCUGUGGUAGGAACUAUCGUGCGGUCACAAGGAGUCAACAGACGCAGAAGUAGCCGUGUGGAGAUGCUCAACCGAUGGAUGCAAAAUUUGACGGAUAAUCUGGAGGUCUACAAAUACGUAGCAAAGCAUGGGAGGAGGAAAGAAGAACAGGAACAGUAGUAGGGACGUGCAAUAACGUUGCAAAAAUAUACAUAGAUAUGCUUACUGGAGCAAUAGGGCUGGGAUAGAAGAAAAUCCAUUCUCUUUUACUUCUUCAUUCUGAAUACCUGCGCAACAGUAUCAGUGACUCGUUUCUUCCCUGGAAUAUUUGUUUAUAACCGAAACACGCGUAUCAUUGAAAUUGAAGUCUGCAAUCGAAAGGUCGUGUGUGCAUAGUUAUCAGUGCUGCAACUAAUCUAAAUGCAGUACCUAUGAUGAGAGUCGAUGAAGUAUAGGCGGCCUGUAGAACUACAAGUCAGAAAAGUCAAAGGUAUCUAUCACAUGAUCAAAUACAAUCAGAGUUUUGUGUACAACGUCAGAGAAGGGCUGUGCUUCAAAAUAUUUGCAAGUCAACAAGUGAAAUAAAAAGGGCGAAAACACAAUACAACUGCAAGUCAGCAGCUAGUUUUUUAGCAAAUCAAAAUCUGUGUCCAUGUGGCUGCAAAAGCGAAAGUAGCGCAGUAUGAAUCUUUUCUGCUUGCGUCGGCUUUCUUCACGCGAUGCGAUGAAAUUUAGAUCAGCUGGUAGAGAGAUUGAUGUAGUUGCGGAUGCGCAGCUGAGAGAAGAUUGAUUAGAAAAUAGAUCAGAAUGCUUGCAGCUCGUUGAAGCUGAAUGCAAAUCCAGUGAGACGUGUAAUAAUUAUGUAUAAUUACGAGUUGGUUGUAGGAGAGAAGUGUCUCGACAAAAAC